UUUUAUACAGCUCUCAUCUUUUUCCUCCUUCCUAGGUCCUGCUUCUGCUACCUCCAGCUUUCCCAUCAUCAUGGAGUCUCGUUUACCUCUCCCCCUUCUCCUCCUUACUCUCUCCCUCCUCUCUCUCUCCCAUGCUCGUAACUUCUACGCUGGUAAUCGAGAUGGUUGGGUCUUGAACCCCUCCGAGAGUUACACCCAAUGGUCUUCUCGCAACAGAUUUCAGAUCAAUGACGUUCUCAUAUUUAAGUACCAGAAGGGUUCGGACUCGGUGUUGGAGGUGAACAAGGAGGAUUACGACAAGUGUAACACCAAGAACCCCAUCAAAAAGUUUGAAGAUGGCGAUUCGCAGUUCACGUUUGAUCGAUCCGGACCUUUCUACUUUAUCAGUGGACAUGAUGGGAAUUGUGAGAAGGGUCAGAAGUUGACUGUUGUUGUCUUGUCUGUCCGAUCAUCACGGCCCGGAAUGCCUCCGGCACCUCCCUCUACUCCCAAAGCUCCUUCUCCUUCUGGUGGGGGAACCCCCGUUUCACCUCCUGGCUCUCCGGUGACCACUCCUACCGUGCCCUCCCCGUCCGGUAACCCUCCGCCGUCCACCCCGUCAACUCCAUCACCGGGAACUUCUCCCAAAGCUCCUGCUCCUUCUGGUGGAGGAACCCCUGUUUCACCUCCCGGCUCUCCAGUGACCACGCCUACCGUGCCUUCCCCGUCCGGUAACCCUCCGCCGUCCACCCCAGCAUCUCCAUCACCGGAAACUUCUCCCAAAGCUCCAUCCACCUCGCCCUAUCCACCAUCUCAGGCACCGGGAGGCUCUAUGACGACGCCAUCUCCAGGGAACAGUCCUCCGGUCACUUCACAGCCACCGGCCUACGCACCUGGACACUCGACUCCGGUGGGUAAUUCUCCAUCCACGACACCAUCUUCACCCACUAUGGCGCCGGCCAAUGCGCCAGGACAAUCAUCUCCGGUGGGUAAUUCUCCAUCCAUGACACCGUACCCACCAUCUAUGGCUCCGGGAGGAUCUCCGACGGGAACGUCUCCAAUGGGCAGUCCUCCGAUGGGUUUGGUGUCACCGGCGAUGUCUCCAUCAGUCUUAUCUCCUGCUACUUCACCAGCAUCAUCGUCGCCUAUGGCAUCCCCGCCGGAACCCACCGAAACCACCCCAUCACCGUCGUCUUCGACCGUCCCAGGAUCACCAUCCGGUUCACCGGCGUUGGGCCCUGCAGGAGGUUCUACAGCACCCUCAGUGUCCAACGAGGCGACACCGCAACCAUCAUCAGCAUGGCCUGAAACUGCUCCGAAGUUGUUGGUAUAUGCGGUUACUAUGAUGGUCGGUGCUGCUCUCGGUACCAUUUUUGGUGCUAAUAAGAAAACAUGACACUAUUAAAAAUAUUUGAAUUAUUUAGCGGAGACCGGAGAGUUGUGUGUGUGAAGGAUUCAUUAGGAGUUAAAUUCGUUUUUCCUUUUAUCCAUAUUGUUACCUUGUUACCUACUUUUGUAUUUAAUUUUUCGUAUGAUUUUCUGAUUA